AUGGGCCACGGUGGUAUUUUGCCUGACGAGCUUCUCGUCCGCAUAUUUUCUUUGAUUCCGACGGACUCUCGUUCAAAUCGUGGAGGCUAUUCCGACAAACUACUUCCACUAAUGCGGGUGUCACGACUGUGGAAGGAAACAAUACUGGGCUCUCCUAUCUUGUGGCGUAGAAUCCGCGUCGUCUUCCAGGAUAGUUCAACACUGUCUCACCUAGUUGACGAAGAGGAAGACGAAGAUUCAGAGCUCCUCGAGUCCGACUCAGCUGACUCCUACGUCUACACACCCACACAGAAACAAAUUCUAGACCGGACGGCGUUCUACAUAUCUGCGUCAGCCAACAUGCCGUUGGCACUUGACGUUCAUAUUUCCGACGUUCAUAUUUCCGCUUCGCCUGCACGUCGGUUCCUCAGAGAGAUAUCCAUGAUGCUCCUCGGGGAGGCCGCCCGGUGGCAAAGCGCGAAUUUAGAUUUGCCCUACCGUCAGAGCAUGGUCACAAGAUUGCUAAAAACUGUCAAAUUCCCUAUGCUCUCAUCUCUAUGCUUCGCUGCACAUACUCGUACAUUCCCCCUCGACCAUCUUUCGUUCCCGGCGUUGGCUCACCUUACGGUGACAUAUGGCCACCAGGACGAUUUCAAUAAUCUGCGGCCCAUUGUCAAUCAACUCAAAACAUGCUUCUUCAAUGACUGCUCUUUUCCUGCGGCCCUCUCCCUGUUGAAGACAUCACCUUCUACAGUCCACAUCGUACUACUAAUCCAGGGGCGAGUCAAUCGCAUCCGUGAGGAGCCCAGUCAAUGGGGUCUCGAGACAAUCGAUACUUCUGUUGAGGAGUUGACGAUUGCGUUACUGGGCCCAACAGAGCAUUCACCAUCCUUUGCCAACUUUACUGCCAAGGCACGAUCACUCCGCAAACUCGUUGUAGUGCUCCCCUUCUGCUUGCUUCAUGCCACACCUCUUCUCGGAUUUCUCGAUCGGUCGGAAUGUUGUUUGAAGGUUUUGCAUCUGCAGAUUCUCAUGCCGUCGUCGGAAAACCUUGUUGGAACACUGGGAACUAUUCUGCGCUCUUGCGCUCUGCAGCUGAUAGAAGAGUUCCAGCUGUCUGUCGAGACAGUUUCCGCGACCGCACUCGUAAAACAACUUACCUUACACCAUGCAACGAUGAUUCCGCAAGUUCGGCGUAUCGUCUUGUCCGGUUUCAGAUUUGUGAGCGGACUCGCUAUCCAGGAGCUCCAUGAUUGCGGGCGUCCAUUGGCUGAAUUUCUCAUCGGUAGUACGACCAUGAUCUGGCCGGCUCUGCCACCGGAAACUUCGUUGAAGAAACUACUCCGGUUUGGGGACAACUGGGCCUUUAAAACGAAGAAUGUGCCUAAACAUACAUAUGCUGAUCCCUCGGCCUCGAAAACUCCAUUUCUAAAUUCGCUGAAUGCGCCAGAUACUCCAGACAGACACGAUCUCUGGGAAGAGAUCUACCGCUACUAG